CUCGAAGAAAGUAAACCGACCGGCGCUCACCCCUAACGCAACGGAACGGCUAAUCGCGGGCUGAGCGAAAUGCGUGCUCACCGAGCCAGCCGUGUAAAGAAAGAGGCGUCGGAGAAGAUCGAACCAUGUUCGGGCACCAGAAAGGGGCUGCUCAGUUUGCGUUCAGUUUUCAAGCGGUUUGGUUUUGCGAAAACGUCCCUGUGUCCGGGUGCGUUUGGUCGGUCCCGAAAAUCGCCGCUGUGGUUAUAAACUGUUGUUCGUACACCAAAAACGUGUCAAAUGUGGCUCUGAUUCAUCGUUUUGCCAUUGGACUGAAAACGGGUUGCUUUUGUGCGCCAGUGAGCUGCUUCAGUGUUGUUGAGGAGAUGCGGUGGAAGUAGUAAUUCCCUGUUUCCCGAAAAGCAUUCAAAAGCCGUUUUGGUUGUUUGGCCGCAGUUUAAUCCCGGUGGAAUUAGCACACUAGGUUUGGGACGUCAGACGAGAGGGUCCGGGACAGCUGUCCGAUCGGAUUCGCGAAGAUACGAUCAGUCUACGGCUGAUGCUGGCGGUGGCAAGAUCAUUUUUGUGAAGGCAUUCAAAUUUUGGUGUCCAGUGAAAGGAACGCUUCGGGUUUUGCUGGACGAAGCUGAAGAAAGGAAUCACAAGGAGCUGUCCAAAAAACCAGAGCAGGAUGUAUCAUCACACCACGUCACGAAGAUGGUACCUCACAGGCGCCUCACUCCUACUGCUCACAAUCACCCUAACGAUCACUGCCGAAGCCGCUAGCCUUUCGACGGAGGAACGUCACUCUGGAACAGAUAUCGCUGAGUCUCGGACAUUCGGACGUAUCAGACGACUGCAGGCAAUGAUCGUUCCGGUGAUGUUUUUCCUGGGCGUUAUGAAGACACUGCUCACCUUCCUGGUAGCGAUCAGCUUGAAGACACUGUUCGUCGGCGUCUCCAUACUGAUGAUCAACAUUGGCCUAGCGAUGGCAAAGGUGAUCGCCUUCUUCAAGACGAAACACUCGCACGAACACUACGGUGGCUAUAGUGCCGGUGGUGGUUGGUCCGAUAAGAAUAUCCACGUGCAUAUCCACAACGAUGGGUACGUGCAGCAUGGGAGUGUACCGCUAGAGUUUGAUCAUGCGCCACCGAUAGCAUCUCUGCAGCAUACAGCACCAAACGUAUUCCCAAGCUAUGGACCACCGGUUCUUAACUCCUACCAUCAGGCAGCUCACCGGUCACGAAGCGAUACCGUAGCCGACCCCAUCUACGUCCCAGCAGCGACCGAUAGGGAUGAGAAACUGUAUCCGAAAAUUCUAAUCUCCGAUCGGGAUAAGCUCGAUCAGAUCUACGCACAAUGGAGACAGCUGAACCGGAAUGGACGAUAGGGAACGGUCCGCCAGGAACCAUGGAUCUAGUGAUGCCAAAAACACAACCAACAAGACUUCCCUCCACUAAACACCUCAACGUUCCCAACGCACAAUGGGGUCUCAGCCUAAUUGAAUUUGGCGUACAAGACCGUCAGGAAAAAUAGGGCCAUUUUCUAUUCAUUUGAGCUCAGUGAAAUUUGGACUCCACCGGGAACUGCCUGCCUGUCUGCCUGUCCCACAAAACCUUUGUACUAUAUUAUUUAAUUCCAUUGUAGGUAUUUUGUUUACUGUACUCUAUGAGGGCUGCUCUCAAUUAGCUCAGCGUACUUAGGAUCUGAUUAAUCUUUAAGCUUAACGAUGCGAUAGAUAGAUUUCAAGGCCAUCCUUACUCGAGCGAAACGAAUGAAUGCAAUGAAGCAGAUGAACGAACCAGUGAAUGGAGAAGACACGUGCCAAAGUGGUUUUUUUGACCAGCAGGCACCAACCAUAACAACCUAACUCGACAAAAGCUCCGUGUGCUAAUGGGUUCGUUUGUGCUGUAGGCGCUUCAAGAUAAGGGCAAUAAAAACUGAUACCUAGACAUACCGGGGAAGCCACCACACCUAAUGGCGGUGUGCCAACAUGCCUUCGGUCAUGCGCAUCGAUAUGGAAGUUAUCCCCGAGUAAAGGGAAGCAAACAAUUUUCCUAA